UAAUUCUGAAUUGAACCUCUUGAAGUUUUGAGUCCAUUUUAAUUAGGUAGAUCAUGGGACACCUUACUUCAAAUUCUCCCAUAAAAAUCCAUCCAUAUAUACAAUAUAGUAUACUUAUUUGACUGGAUCUGAGUAUAUCGGUGGUGAUACCUGGGAAAUUUUUCUUCCUCCUCACUCAAACAAACCUCACAAUCUCUCUCCUCCUUUCCAAAUUCUGACACUACCACUUUCAAUAUACUAACUCCGUCUCUCUCUCUCUCUCUCUCUCCAUCGUCGAGCUGAUCGGCGUUGCUUUAUAUGUUCAUUCUCCUCUCUAUUAUCCAUAACCAAAAAGCAGAAGAAAAAAAAGGUGUGGCGUGCGUGCAUCAAACAUGGGCGUUGAUAAUGUCUUAUCUUCUCCCCAUAGACGAUCUCAGGGUGCUUUUGGUUCGCCUCGUAAAAGGUUUGCACAGAAUGACAUAAGCUGCUCUGCACUCAUCCAACGGCACCGCUUCCUUCUAACAGCUCUCGUUCUUCUGGUUUUGUUGUGCACUAUAUACCUUUAUUUUGCAGUCACGAUGGGGUCAGAAUCAUGUUCUGGUUUACUUGGAAUAGAGAGAGAGUUGUGUCUUGUGAAGCAUGACAAGGAUACUUUCACCAAAGGAAAAUUAAAGUUAUUCUGAUAUGUGGCAGUGAAUUGUUAGUGUGUGUUUCGGUUGAUUGUGAUUUCUCUUUAGAAGUAUACAUUAGUGACUAGCGAGUCUUUGGUUUGCACUAUUUAUCUACAUUGUAUACAUGAACUGCUGAUGAAAUUCUUUGAGAAAAUUGUAAUUGUAAUGACUCCGACCUCAAGAAAUUGGGUAAUUAAUUAUAGGUUUCGUUUUAUAUGUA